AUGGAUCACAUUUCCAGGCUCUUGUCGCCGUCAUCGGGAGUAGGAACCGCCGGCGCAGUGGUCGGCGCCCUAGCUCUCGCUGUCGUCAUACCAUGGCUGGCCCACGCGGUCUACCAAUGGUACCGCCUAUCCCACAUCCCAGGUCCCUUUUGGGCUGCCUUCUCCAAAUGGUGGAUGGUGAGGGAAUCGCUCAAGGGGCGACAGCCCACGGCCAUCAAGGAAGUCACCGAUAAGUAUGGCUCGCUGGCGCGCAUCGGACCUAACGAGCUGGUCACCGACGAUCCGGAAGUCUUGCGCCGGAUGAUGGCCGUGAGGUCUGCCUACACACGGGGUCCUUGGUACGAUGCGAUGCGGUUCGACCCUACAAGGGACAAUCUCUUCUCGAUGCGCGAUGAAGCUGCACACACCAAGCUCCGCGCCAAGAUGGCCGCCGGCUACUCGGGUAAGGAGAACGAAUCCAUGGAGACGCAGAUCGAGACGCAGAUCGGCAACCUCGUCCGCCUCAUCGAGAACAAGUACCUCUCCACGGCCAGCGAAUUCCGGCCCAUGGACCUCGCGCAAAAGGGCCAGUACUUCACCCUCGACGUCAUCAGCGACCUCGCCUUCGGCCGGCCCUUUGGCUACCUGGAGCAGGACGACGACGUGUUCGACUACAUCAAGAUCACGAGCUCCUUCAUCCCCGUCAUGCUCAUCCUCGCCAACGUCCCCAGCCUGGCCAAGCUGCUGCAGUCGCCGCUGAUGCGGGGCGCCAUGCCCAAGGAGAGCGACAAGCUGGGCUUUGGCGCAUUUAUCGGGGUCGCGAAAAAGGUCGUCGCCGAGCGCUUCCAGGCCCACGCCGCCUCGCAGCCCGACAUGCUCGGCUCCUUCAUCCGGCACGGCCUGACGCAAGAAGAAGCGUCCGGCGAAGCCCUCCUCCAGGUCGUCGCCGGCAGCGACACCUCGGCCUCCACCAUCCGCCUCGUCAUGCUCUACCUCCUCAGCAACCCGUCUGCGUACAACCGCCUGCAGAACGAGAUCGACGCCGGUGUCGCUGCGGGCAGGAUCUCCAGCCCCAUCCGGGAUAGCGAGGCCCGGGAGCUGCCCUACCUGCAAGCCGUGAUUAAAGAAGGUCUGCGUAUCAUGCCGCCCGCGGCCGGCGCCUUCUUCAAGACGGUGCCCCCCGGCGGCGACGUCAUCGCCGGCAAGUUCAUCCCGGCCGGCACGCAAAUCGGGUCGAGCCCGUUUGGGAUUCACCACUCCAAGAAGAUCUUUGGCGAGGACGCCGAGAUGUACCGCCCGGAGAGGUGGUUGGAGGCUGACGGGGACAAGCUGGCGCAGAUGACUGCCACGGUGGACCUGGUGUUCCACUAUGGCAAGUACCAGUGCCUCGGGAAGACGGUGGCUCUGAUGGAGUUCAAUAAGAUCUUUGUCGAGUUGCUGAGGCGUUUUGACUUCACCGUUGUCAACGCAGAGAAGCCGGUUAAGAUUGACAAUGCUGGCAUAUGGAUUAUCGAGGACUUUUGGGUUCGCAUCAUUCAGAGGGAACAUCCUGUUUAA